AUGCUCACCACAAAGAAAACACCAGUGCUCGAAGGAGGCUUCGAGAUACCUCUGGAAAUGACAUCUUUAGAUCUGGAAAGCGGCUUUAAAGAUGCAUGCGUGCCCUUCAGCUCCAUACAGAAUGAAACUCUGGAGGAAAGUGAAGACAGCUCCAGUGCACGCUUCGACUCGUCUCUGGCAAACGACAUCCACCGCCUUUCGUACUCUUCCCCUUCUGUCACAUCUUCCAACGAUUCUGAUGCUUUGAAGGUGGAUAGCCACAAGUCCCUUUUCCCUGUUUCGUUAGAUGAAUCUCCCGAAUCGAGCACACGCUCGAUACAUGACCAGGUCGAGUUCGCUGCGCAAGAGAGCUACUUGCUGUUUUUGGAACCACUCCCGGUGUCUCCUCCUCUUUACAGCACGCUUCCGCCUGGUGGAGCACCAAAGUUUCAUGUGAUGGAUAAGCUUUCGAAUAACGAAUCUCUUCCCUCUUAUUCGCCUGCAGCCUACAAGAUUGGUGUGGCGUGUAGGAAACUUGAGUGGCUUUCGCCGUACGAAUCGUCACUGAACCGUUCGUGGAGAAACGUUGUGGUUGAACUCAACUCCACACAACUCAACAUUUAUCAGAUCCCCAGUGUUUGGGAGUAUUCUCUCUUGAACUUUCACGAAGAUACGACGGUCGACAAUUUCGUCUCGCCUGGUCAUACGGAAGAUGAACGGUUGAUGUCGCUUGUGACCACAAACCAAGACAAGCAAUUUCGAAGGCUUUGCGAUAGCCUCGGGUUUUUCAAACCUCAUGGAUCAGACCCCAAGUGUGAGGAACUUCGGUCCAAGCUUUUGAACAGUAAGGCAUUAAAGUCCCAAGGGCAAACAAAGUUGCUACGUUCUUAUUCGUUACAACAUGCCAGAAUGGGCUUGGCCUCGGACUACACGAAGAAACCUAAUGUUCUUAGAUUGCGAGUGGAAAGUGAACAAUUUCUCUUGAACUUUUCAACGCCCAAAGAAUUAAUCGAGUGGAACUUGGGUUUAUCUGUUGGCCGUGAUGUGGCUCUAGAUAUCGAGCAAAGAGAAGAUCCGCGGUAUAGAACAGUUCCGAGAAGAAGACGAACAGCUAUGAGUGGGAGCUCCUUCUAUUUCGAUGUUGUCUCCAGAAGAAAUAGAGCACAGUCCGAUUCCUUCUACGACAGCAAGAACCGUGGCAUGCGGAACAAACUUUCAAAGCUCAAAGGAAAGCUCUCUUCUCAAACCAGCUUUUCAAACUUGAAGGGUUUAUCUAGUACUUCAAAACAGACGCACGAAAACAAUCUGUCGAAGGUUAAACACACAUCUCCUCAACCACUUGCCAAUAAUUCCAUUUCCCCUAUAUCUGUACAGCUGGAUCUGAACAGAGCGAGGGCAUACUCUGCGGUUUCCUUUUCGGUCGCCGCAUAUGAAGAAGAUGAUGAUGAAAUAAGAGAUCCACAUCUUUCUCCUGCAAUGUCCCACUUGAAUCAAGACAAUGCUUACGAUGAUGAAGGCGAAGACGACAUUCAAAACCUUAGUGAUCUUCACCAGUCUGAUGACGAAGAAGAUUUUGAGCUCGAAAUAGAUGAGCUUCAUGACGAAAUGAAUCCAUUCCGCAGGCGUCGGAAAAAUACUGUGAACAGUGCUUCUAUGGAUCAUAAAUGGAGGCCUUACAAGAAAACGGAGAGUCAGCGGAAGUUUAUCCGUAUUUGUCUCAAAUGCAUCAAGCCAUUACAAUUUGACGAGAGUUGGGUGAACAGACUUUUGGUAAAACCAGCAUCCAUUUCUCCCUUGAGUCUGGUUUACAUUCGUAACAUCUACUGUACUGGCCAAGAAAAACCAUCGAAUUCGUCUGUGAUUGCAAACUUACCGGUUGGAUCUGUUAUGGAUCUCACCAAUCUCGGACAUAUUGGGUUCUCUCAAAAACGUUGCGGAGUCUCCAAACAGAAUAUUCUUUCCUUACCGGAUGUUUCCUUGGGAAGGAUGGCGAACCACAAUGUAAAAGAGUAUGUUGUUGGCUCGCACUCGCUUAUCCCAAAGGAUAUUUAA